CUCCCCCCCCCUCUCUCUCUACUCAUAAAUCUAUUGGCUGUGGUCUCGGCACCACUAUCCAAUGCUUUGCUGAUCAGACUGCAGUUGUGUUUUGGGGAAGUUGGCAGCUGGAGGCUCACGGCGAAAGGCUUUCCUCUCUCUCCGGCGCUUGGACAGUGGAAUUAUGAGCAGAGCUGACCCAGCCUACAUCACCCUGUCUUGAAUCUGUUUUCUGUUUCACACCGCGAGAAGAUAAAAAAAAAAAAAAACACCAUGGAGAUUGGAGUCCGCAUCCUCUUGGCUUUCCUCGUCCCCCAGGUUGCCCGUGUGGUUGGCCAAGAGGAUGGAGGCCAUGAGGGCUGUGUACCUGGCUUCCAGGUCAAACACUACCAGGUGGCGUACAGCGGAGCUUUCCAGAAGGGCCAGGCGCUCAUACAAGUCGAGUUUGAUGACUGCGCGGGGAAUGAAGAUGUGAAGUUCGAGGUGUCGGACCCCAACUUCCACGUCAAUGGAGACCUGAAUCUGGUCCCUCAGCGAGAUGUCCUGUACAGCCGGCCUAUCCUGUUCGUCCACGGGCUGAGUGCACAUGCAGACGACGUGGCACAGGUGGACGUCACUGGACUGCCAGUUCAGUCGCCGCACACUCUCAGGGACAUUCUGGGUGUCGGCAACAUGGUCCCACCCCGUUCCAAGAGAUCCCUGCUGGUCCCUCCUAUGAUCAUAACUGAGAACCAGAGAGCUCCCUUCCCCAGGGUCAUUGGCAAGUCUCAUGUGAUUUCAACAGAGAAGUUAGGGAACCAUAUCUUCCGUCUGACAGGCCCCGGCGCUGACCAGGAUCCCAGAGGUCUCUUCACCAUUGACAUAGACACAGGAGACGUGUCAGUCAGCCGCUCACUGGACCGCGAGGCCAUCGACUCCUACGAGCUGGAAGUUUCUACCACAGACUUCGCCGGAAACCUUGUUGAGGGACCGGCCCUACUACUGAUCACCGUCAUCGACCAAAAUGACAACCGGCCCAUCUUCAAAGAGACACGCUACACAGGAGAGGUGCUCGAGGGAUCCCCUACAGGAACCACGGUGAUGACAAUGACGGCGUUUGACGCUGACGACCCAGGCACCGAUAACGCGGCGUUGCGCUACAACAUCGUCAGGCAGUCGCCGGACAAGCCCUCCCCAACCAUGUUCUACAUCAAUCCAGAACGAGGCGACAUCGUCACUGUCAUCUCCCACACGUUACUUGACAGAGAGACACUGCCGACCACAACAUAUGAGUUAGAGAUUGUGGCCAAGGACAUGGCAGGAAGUGAGGUGGGACUAACAGGAACCGCCACGGCAACCAUCACCAUUACUGACAAGAACGACCAUGCCCCUGAGUUCACACAUACGCUGUUUGAGGCUAAUGUGUACGAGGGCUCGACGGGCGUGGUGGUGAACCUGACGGUAGACGAUAGAGACGACCCAGGCACGGGGGCGGGGAGAGCGAUCUACUCUAUAAUUAACGGAGAUCCAACACUGAGCUUUGAGAUCCAAACCAACCCAGACAACAACGAGGGGAUGCUGUCUGUCAUCAAGCCUUUGGACUAUGAGGCCGAAAGGUUCCACGCGCUACUCAUCAAAGUGGAGAACGAGGACCCUCUGGUUCCUGAUGUUGGCUACGGCCCCAGCUCCACUGCCACGGUCCGCGUCACAGUCCUGGACAUCAACGAGGGCCCCGUAUUCUUCCCCGACCCCCUGACAGUCAACAAGAUGGAAAACAUCCCUCUGGGAAGCUUCGUGGCUUCACUCAACGCCACAGACCCAGAUAUAUUACAGGCACAGAGCAUCAGGUACGCUGUUCUGCGAGACCCAGCAGGCUGGCUGAGUGUGAGCCCGGUCACAGGAACUGUCAACACCUCCGGCUCACUGGACCGUGAGUCUCCUUAUGUCCACGACAACAAAUACACAGCGGUCUUCAUCGCCACAGAUAACGGCAGCCCUCCAGCCACAGGCACCGGCUCUUUGGUCAUCUACCUGGAAGACUACAAUGACAACGCCCCCUAUGUGGUCCCGUCGGUUGCGCGGGUGUGCGAGGAUGACAUGAACGUGGCUAUAGUCGGGGGGCGGGACAAGGACCUUUACCCCAACGCCGCACCCUUUAAGAUAGAGCUGGGAAAACAGCCGGGCCUCGACAAAACAUGGAAGGUCACCAGGGUCAACUCCACACACUCCCACAUCAUGCUCUUGCACAGUCUGAAGAAAGCCAACUACCAGCUCCCGUUGCUCAUCACUGACUCGGGGGUGCCCCCAUUGUCCAACUACACAGAGGUCAAAGUUCAAGUGUGCGUCUGCAAGAAGAACAAGAUGCACUGCAGCUCCGCCCACUCCCACCGCGCCAGCCUUCUCGUGCUGCUCGCAACACUCCUGCUCGCCCUACUCUACCUGUAGAUUCUGCUGAAACCUCCCGUAGUCCUUUUUGCAACACUGAAAAGCAACGACUUAUCUCCCCCUACGCAACCCAGGCUUAGGAGAGCAGAAGAAGAAGACGAAAAAGAAGAUGAAGAAGCGAGAAGGAGUCUUCUCACCGGGACAAAUCAAACAAGAAAACACACACAAUCCCCAGUGGCACAACUGCUGUAUACCACCACUCUGCGUUUUUUACCAGUCUCUCACUUAUCCUCUCGCCGCUCUCGUCUCCUUCUCUUCAUCUUUACUUUCCUUGUGGCAUGUGUCCUUCUGCACUUCAGUGUUCUCUCAUCUCGUCGCCUCGUGUUUUCCUCACUCCAUUUGACGUUUUUCACUCUAUCUUUCCUAUCCCCUUUUACUUCCUCCACCAUCGAGAUGGUUUUCAUUGUAUUCCUUUUUGGCACCAUUACACUGGCAGACAACAUGUGGUGUUAGCAGUGUUCAUGGCAACACGCCACAUCCGUAGGAGAUACUUGAAACAACAUGUAUAUUGAUAUUGUAACAAAACUAAAGCUAUAAAUCAAUUGCGUAUUGGACCUCACCUUAAACCUCUGGUCUUUCCCACAGUUAAUCCAAAAGGUCCUGCUUCCUUUUUUCCCUCCUCCCCCCUUUUUCCUCUCAUUGCUACCUUGUUUUCUUUUCCCCCUGCUUGAUCCUUCCUUUUCUCAUCCUCCUCACGCAUAUACAUAAUCCCCCCAUCAAUCUGCCUCUCCUUCCCUGUCUCCCCCGUCUCUCUAUCGACCUCUCUCUGACUCUCGGCGGGGCCAGGGAACGCUGCGAAGGCUGAGCUACUGUCCUGGUCGGAGAAGAGCAUUGACUUUUUGAUGUGUUCUUUUCUUUUCUUGUCACAGACUGUGUUUGAUCUUGUUUCCCUCUUUAAGUGGAGAGAACAAAGCCUGUUUCUUUGUCUGCAGUGGUUGUGGUCUUUUAGGACAAGGUGGUAGCCAUAAGCCUUCAAAGUCAGAAACUCCCUGGAGUCCUUUCUUCGAUUUGCUUCUGUUUUGAUUGCAUUAGUUGUCAUGGAGUGGAAAACAGUAUAUCUUUAUAGUAACGGUGUAAACCUUAAAAAAAAAAAAGUACUAUUAUAUAAAUAUUUUUAUUUUUUACCAUUGUAUAAAUAUACAGUAUUGAUUAACUUAAGUACUUUGAUUGCAAGUUAUUUUGUCACCCACACAGUCAGUAAAUAAAAAAGAGGAAAACCUUUUUUCUGUGAAUUUUAGGCACUAUUUCUAAUGCUAUUGAUGUGUUGACUAUUUUACUGUAACAUCUUUUUAUGUUUAUUUUUGUAUAAUUUUGAAAUCUGUGAUUAAUAGCAGAAUCAGGAGUCUUGUUUUGAUGGCUGCCAUGUGUUUAGGUUCGAUUUUGUCCCCCGUCAAUUCUGCCCUCUCCUGUUCUCUCUCCAUCCGUCAUUACAAAUCACCAGAAGAUGUGUAAGAAGAAAAAAAAAGAAUGUGGUUUUGGUGGAUAGAUUUUUGCUUUUUUUCUCUUGCGCUCAUCAAAAGAACGUAGCGUGUGUGGGGUUUUGUGGAAGAAAAACCGUAAAGUAAAAGAUGACAUUUUGAAUGAGUUACGUCUGUCUUUUGCACUAAUUUAAUAAAGCCGUUACUGAAAAUUC